GCACAGACGGUCCGCCCUUGUUGCCGCCUUCUCUUCCCCGGCUUAAACUUGGAUCACAAACCAAAAAUAAACCCUAAUUUCACAUUCCUCUUUGUAACUUCCGAUUGAAAAGCUCCAAAACUUUCGAAUUGUUUUCAAUCCAAAAAGUGACAUUGGAGGUUCGGCUCUUUUUGUUGCCGAACCUCGCCGAUUCGAAGACGGUUCAUGCCUGACUCUGAUCACAAAGUAAAAGAACCCUAAUUUCACCUUCCUUUCCUGAAGGCCACGAGAGUGAGCUGCUUCUCAAGUUUUUGGUUUCUAUUCAAUCAAAAAGGUGACAUUGCGAGGUUCGGCUCUGUUUUCUUGUUGGUUGUUGAGAAAAAGGGGAUCAAUAAUCUUCAAGGAAGAGCAUGGCUACCAUUCAAGAUAUUAGUGUUGCAGCUGCAAUUAAUAUUCUUUCUGCAGUCGCAUUCCUUGUGGCCUUUGCAAUAUUACGACUUCAACCUGUCAAUGAUAGAGUGUACUUCCCAAAAUGGUAUCUGAAGGGUAUAAGAGCUAGCCCAACACGUUCAGGGGCUUUUGCGUCGAAAUUUGUCAACCUGGACUUCAGAACUUACAUAAGGUUUUUGAAUUGGAUGCCUGCUGCAUUAAGAAUGCCUGAACCUGAGCUUAUAGAUCACGCAGGACUUGAUUCUGUUGCUUAUAUUCGGAUUUAUAUUUUAGGCUUAAAGAUAUUUGUCCCUAUAGCUGCACUUGCUUUUGCGGUGUUGGUGCCUGUAAAUUGGACUGGAGGAACACUAUCGCAUAUUCAGGAUCUAACAUUCAGUGAUAUUGAUAAACUCUCAAUAUCCAAUAUUCCAUCUGGAUCAAAAAGGUUUUGGGCACAUCUAGUAAUGGCCUAUGUUUUCUCAUUUUGGACAUGGUAUAUGUUAUACAAGGAAUACAAGAUCAUAACUGCUAUGAGGUUGCAUUUUCUAGCUUCUGAAAGUCGUCGUCCAGAUCAAUUCACUGUUCUGGUAAGAAAUGUUCCUCCAGAUUCUGAUGAAUCAGUGAGUGAGCACGUUGAACAUUUCUUCUGUGUAAAUCAUCCUGAUCUUUAUCUUACACAUCAGGUUGUUUACAAUGCAAACAACCUUGCAAAAUUGGUGGCAAAGAAGAAGAGUUUGCAAAAUUGGCUGGUCUAUUACAAAACCAAAUAUGAGAGAAACCCUUCAAAAAAGCCGACCACGAAGACAGGUUUCUGGGGCCUUUGGGGAACAACUGUGGAUGCUAUUGACUACUAUACAGCUGAAAUUGGGAAGAUGAGUGAAGAAGAAAGUGCAGAGAGAGAAAAGGUUUCAAGUGAUCCUAAAGCCAUAAUUCCCGCGGCAUUUGUUUCAUUCAAAACGCGAUGGGGAGCAGCCGUCUGUGCUCAAACUCAACAAUCAAGUAAUCCGACAAUUUGGUUGACAGAAUGGGCUCCCGAACCACGUGAUGUUGUUUGGGAUAAUCUUGCAAUACCCUUUGUUGAAGUCACUGUCCGAAGAUUGCUCAUGGCUGUUGCUCUAUUUUUUCUGACAUUCUUCUUUAUGAUCCCUAUAGCACUUGUCCAAUCUGUAGCCAACAUUGACGGCAUUCAGAAGGUUCUUCCUUUCUUAAAGCCACUAAUAAAAAUUGGUGUCAUCAAGUCUUUCAUUCAAGGUUUUCUUCCAGGGAUUGCCCUAAAGAUAUUCCUUAUUUUUCUUCCAAUGAUUUUAAUGGCUAUGUCCAAAGUAGAAGGAUUUACAUCUCUCUCAUCUUUAGAGACAAGAUCAGCUGGGAAGUAUCAUUUAUUCUUAAUUGUCAAUGUCUUUCUUGGGAGCAUUAUUACAGGCACGGCAUUUCAGCAGCUUCAUAACUUUAUUAAUCAGCCUCCUACAGAGAUUCCAAAAACUAUUGGCGUUUCAAUCCCAAUGAAAGCUACUUUCUUUAUCACUUACAUUAUGGUUGAUGGCUGGUCUGGCGUUGCUGCAGAGGUCCUGAGGUUGGUUCCACUAAUUCUGUUUCACCUAAAGAAUACAUUCCUCGUCAAGACAGAACGAGACAGGGAGGAGGCAAUGGAUCCUGGUUCCUUAAACUUUGCCACAUAUGAACCUCGCAUACAGUUGUAUUUCUUGCUGGGACUUGUAUAUUCAGUGGUCACGCCCAUACUUCUUCCUUUCAUUAUUGUCUUCUUUGCCUUUGCCUAUCUGGUUUUUCGCCAUCAGAUCAUCAAUGUAUAUGACCGGAAGUAUGAGAGUGGGGCAGCAUUUUGGCCAGACGUGCAUCUUCGUAUAAUAAUUGGUUUGAUAAUAUCGCAAUUUCUACUGAUGGGAUUGAUGAGCACGAAAGAUGCUGUACAGUCGACACCUUUCCUAGUUGCACUUCCAAUCUUGACAAUUUGGUUCCAUCGAUUUUGCAAAGGACGCUUUGAAUCAGCAUUCAUUAAAUUCCCAUUACAGGAUGCAAUGGUGAAGGAUACAUUAGAACGAGCUACAGAACCAAACCUAAACUUGAAAGCCUAUCUGCAGAAUGCAUACGUGCACCCAGUUUUUAAAGGCGGCGAGUUUGAGAAACCGCAGGCAAUUGAUGAGGAAGAGGAGAGCCUACUUGUUCCAACCAAGAGGAGUUCCCGGAGAAGUAGCAAAAAUGGUUCUGAAGCCGGUUCUGAAAAUGGUGUGUGAGAUAUCAAGGCAUCAAUUUUACAAAGACUCGUUCUUGUUGCUUUUGUCUUUAUUUUGUGUUUUUGUACUUGCAUUAGGAUUUUGCUAUUGAAAUGUCAAUAUUAGGGAGAAAAUGCGUGACACAGUUCAUUGUUCAUAGGCACAAAGUAAAGUUAUAGAUGUGUAUAAUGAGAACUACUGGCUCAAUUAAGCAUUUACAUCGUUCAUUGUAUAUCGUUCAUCGGUACCAGAAAGUUGCGGACUUCUCAACUAAAUUGUGUAGGCUUUACGUGUACAAGAAAGUUGUGACCAACAGACUCACACACAGAU